AUGAGGCUGUUUUCUGAUGUAGUUAAAGGAAAAGUAGAUAAGCUUUCUUCUGAUUUUAAGGUGGCGCCAAUAUCCUUCACUGACACAACAAAUAAACUCGAAACAUUCAAUGACAGGGAGAAAAGAGAAAAUAAUAUCAUUAUCUAUAAUCUGCCAGAGAGUGAUAGCCACAAAAUUGCAGCCAACUACCUGGAAGACAGAGUUAACAACAAAAAAAUGUUGGAAGAUAAAAAAAAGGAGAUUGGUGCCAAAGAUAAUGUGGCUAAUUGGUCCUUCAGAUUAAAGGGUAAACCAGGAGAUUUUCACCUGUAUUUGGAAAGACUGGUUGAUUCACCUGAUAUAAUUGCAUUAAAUGAAGUCAAUCCUAAGAAUUUCAGUUCAUGUAGAGUUUUGUCAAAAGUCAACCUAGAUGGUUAUUCAGUACUCACUUCUGGUUUUGCUGAGGUUAAUAGAAAAGAUUUACUAUUAUUCUACAAAAAAUCAUUGGUAGUAUAUGAGGUUGUCACAAAUUCAACUUUUAAAGAGUUUAUAAGCCCCUCAUCUAAUGAUAAAAAUAACAGCAAACUGUUAUCACUGAUAGCUGAAGGACUGGCAAUGACUAGAGAUUUUAUGAUUGUCACAGCAGCUGCAACAACCAGUUAUUUCAACAACAGCUCCAACUCAAUAGUGUCGUGGUUUCAGUUAUUUCAACAACUCCAACUCAGCAGCGUCAGGGUAACAACCACCUCAGCGACAACAACUCUUAUCCAGCAACGUCGUGGCCAGUGUCAGGGUAACGACCACCUCAGCUACAACAACUCUUAUCCAGCAACAUCGUGGCGUCAGUUAUUCCAACAACAACACUCGCACAACAACGUGACAGUCUAUACCGUAGUAAUAAAGCACCAAUGUUUUGAUAAAUUCUAUAAAAUCAUUAAUUCAACUUACAGUUGGUACUAUCCAGCAUCAAACAUCACGCUUAGAUCAUCAGACCCUUCAUUUAUCAGCCCAUUCAUCAAAUUUCUACUUCGCCAAAAAAAUAAACUCAUGAGAUUAGGAUUCACCGUCAAAGCCGCAGCGAUCACCAAAUACAUCAGUAAACUUAUUAUCAACUUCAACUCGAAAACUUUCACUAAUAGAGUGGUAGAACAGUUAAAGUUGGUAACGCCUUAUGUAGUACCUGCUGCAGGGGUAUUAUCUGCCAGUGGUUCAUUGGUCAAUUUAGGGACCUUUUACAAUGUUGACGCCCCCCAUGGGCAGUGUCAAGAGAGAUACAAUAAAAUUCAGAACCGUGACGUUGAUGACGAGAAAGAUGAUGAAGUUUGUGAAUUUAAUAAUUGUAAAAUAGAUGGCAGCGUAAUUACAAAUAAAAUUCAGAACCGUGACGUUGAUGACGAGAAAGAUGAUGAAGUUUGUGAAUUUAAUAAUUGUAAAUUAGAUGGCAGUGUAAUUACAAAUAAAAUUCAGAAUCGUGACGUUGAUGACGAGAAAGAUGAUGAAGUUUGUGAAGUUAAUAAUUGUAAAAUAGAUGGCAGCAUAAUUACAAAUAAAAUUCAGAACCGUGACGUUGAUGACGAGAAAGAUGAUGAAGUUUGUGAAUUUAAUAAUUGUAAAUUAGAUGGCAGUGUAAUUACAAAUAAAAUUCAGAAUCGUGACGUUGAUGACGAGAAAGAUGAUGAAGUUUGUGAAUUUAAUAAUUGUAAAUUAGAUGGCAGUGUAAUUACAAAUAAAAUUCAGAAUCGUGACGUUGAUGACGAGAAAGAUGGUGAAGUUUGUGAAGUUAAUAAUUGUAAAAUAGAUGGCAGCAUAAUUACAAAUAAAAUUCAGAAUCGUGACGUUGAUGAUGAGAAAGAUGAUGAAGUUUGUGAAUUUAAUAAUUGUAAAAUAGAUGACAGUGUAGUUGUAGAUGGAGUUCCUAAUCGAGAUGUUGAUGAGGAGAAAGACGAUGAAGGUAGUGAAAAGAGUUGCAAGGUUAUGAUCAAGGAUAUAGGUAGAGCUGAUAUUAGUCAGGAGAAGAAGGAUUCCGCAGUGAAUAAAAUUAAUAAAUAUAAAUUUGAACUUGGUGAAGUUGGUAGUUCCGGUAUUGGGCUUGUGGACAGAUCAAAUGUUGUCGGUCGGGAUGUAAACUAUGUUGUGAGAGUGGCUGAAAUGACAAUCGACGGGGUGGAUGAAACUAAUAAGGUUUUGACAAAAUCAAGGGAAGAUGUUAGAGAAUCACCACGAAAUUUGGAUGGAAUUGGUAAUAGCGAGAAGCAAAAGGUUGUUGAACAUUUGGACGAUGUCGAUGAGGAGGAAACUGAUGGUCAGUUCAACCGUGGAAAAAAGAAAAAGGCAGACGAACAUAAACUCGACUUAGACGAGGCAGAGGAACACGUCGAUGAUGAUGUGGGGGGGAGGAUGUGUGACUGA